AUGGGACGUGGCCCCAAGAAACAUUUGAAGCGCAUAAAUGCACCUUCUCACUGGAUGUUGGGUAAACUGCGCGGGAAGUACGCUCCAAAACCAUCUCCUGGACCACAUAAAUCUAGGGAAUGUCUACCACUAAUAAUACUUUUACGCGAUCGCCUAAAAUAUGCAUUGACCUAUGACGAAGUCAAACUUAUUGCCAUGCAAAAACUGGUAAAGGUUGAUGGCAAGAUCAGGACUGAUACAUGCUAUCCCAUAGGGUACAUGGAUGUUGUUACUAUUGAUAGGACCAAUGAAAACUUUAGGUUACUUUACGAUACUAAGGGCAGAUUCGUUCCCAUCAAAAUUAGCCCAGAAGAAGCAGAAUACAAGCUUUGCCGGGUCAAACGCGUGGUAUUAGGGCCUAAAGAAAUCCCACUAGCCGUAACCCAUGAUGGCAGAACUAUACGAUUUAUCCAUCCAGAAGUUAAGGCAGGGGACACUCUACGCCUAGAUAUUUCCAGUGGUAAGGUGCUUGAAUUUCUUAAAUUUGAAAUUGGUAAUCUUGCAAUGGUCACUGGAGGGCACAACGUGGGACGUGUAGGCAUUAUCACAAGCCGCCAGAAACAUGAUGGCGGCUUUGACAUAAUUAACAUAAGGGAUUCCAUCGGGAAUAGCUUUUCUACAAGAGUUUCCAACGUUUUUGUCAUUGGAAAAGGACCCAAAAGCUACGUGACCCUUCCAAAAUAUAAGGGCAUCAAACAUACUAUUAUUGAGGAAAGGAAUGCUAGAUUGGCCAAGGAAAAGUCUUACUGA